GUGGCUGCUCUUUAACUGUCCUCCACUCAGAUGGCUGGCAAAACCUACAUAGUUGAGCACCUCGAUGAGGAGCUCGGGCCCUGGUCUGAGUUGGAAUAUCUCACCAUAGCCAAGGAGUCCAACCAGGCUGGUGCUAAGUUCUGCUUAUCAUCAAUCCCUCCUUCAUUGACUCUGCCAGAGGCCUUGAAAACUGUCCCGGGUUUCACAGCAGACGGACGAAGCGUUGAAACCUUGUAUGCAGAUAACAAAUCUCGUGUCUGCUUACUUGAUCCAGCAGCCACAAAGGAACUGAGCCCAGAGGAUGGCGAAACAUUCGAUGUUUUUCUGUUUGGUGGGAUUUUGGGGGAUGAUCCGCCAAGAGACAGAACUUCGGAAUUGAGGAAAAAGGGGUUCGAAGGACGUCGCCUUGGGCCAAAACAGAUGACGACGGAUACCGCCGUAAGAGUGACCAGACUUAUAGUUCAAGAGAAGAUUCCCCUCGACAAGAUUCCAUAUGUCGACAACCCUGAACUUCGCAUCAACAAGAAUGAGAGUACCGAGAUGCCCUUUCGCUAUGUGAAGGGUGAAAAUGGGCAGCCCAUAAUGCCAGAUGGCAUGGUUGAGCUGAUCAAGAAAGAUUCUGAAAAAGGGUUUGGAGACUUGUUCUGAUAUCUGGCGACUACCAGGAUACAAAUGAACAGAGAAUCUGGGAAGAUAGAGCAGAGUCUUUUUUAAUUGGAUUGAAGCAUUAAUUACUCUCAGACAACUGAGAGUCUUCUUAUGUAUGUACAUAAAAGCAGGGAUACAAGUUGUACGGGGUUAGAUAAGAAACACUUGGCUGAUGCGGGCGCCUUAGCUAGAGGACUGGCUUUACCUUCGUAUGAGUUUCUGAAUGCAUUCCGGAGGAUUAUUCAGAGGGGAUAUACUUGAAUCUCAAGCUGCCCUAUUCCAGUGCCUCUAUUCGUAAUUUUCAUUCUUGUACUCUAUCAUAUUUAUUUACGUUGCUUUGAACAAAGCCCCGUCUAAGCCAUGUG